AUGACCACUUAUAGUGGAGCUCAAUUGAUCGCACAUACUCUCAAAGACCUUGGGGUUGAGGUCAUAUUUGGUCUGGUGGGUAUACCGGUAGUACAAAUUGCGGAGGAAGCAAUUGCUUUAGGGAUUCGAUUCAUCGCGUUCCGGAAUGAACAAGCCGCAAGCUAUGCUGCAACGGCGUAUGGAUACUUAACAGGACGGCCUGGAGUUUGUCUUGUCGUUGGUGGCCCAGGGGUUCUUCAUGCGAUGGCAGGUAUAGGUAACUCGUCCGCCAAUGCCUUCCCAAUGCUUUUACUCGCAGGCUCGAGCGAAACACAUUUGGUAACAAAGGGAGCUUUUCAAGAGCUUGAUGCUAUAUCUCUGUUGAAUCCGCACACGAAGAUUGCUAUACGAUCGAGCGUCGAUACGAUAUCACAUUCAAUCACGACAGCCUAUAGAACAUCGUGGUAUGGAAGACCCGGCACUGGCUUUGUUGACUUACCCGCAGAUGUUAUACAAGAGGAAGGAGAAUAUAGAUCAACACAAAUAGUCACUGCUGCACCACAGGCUGCAGCUGAUGUCGAAAUUGUAGAAAAGAUUGCACGACUACUCAAGUCUGCAAAGGCACCACUUGUCAUUGUCGGAAAAGGUGCCGCAUACGCUCAAGCCGAAGUUGUCAUACGAGAAUUGAUUGACCAGACCAAUAUUCCUUUCUUACCAACUCCCAUGGGGAAAGGAGUUUUGCCUGACUCUCAUCCAUCUAAUACCGCAACAUCUAGAUCCGCAGCACUUAAAGGAGCCGAUGUUGUGCUCGUCCUCGGUGCACGACUCAACUGGAUACUACAUUAUGGCGAGGUACCAAAAUAUAAUGAGGAUGUAAAGAUAAUCCAGGUUGACAUAGCAGCAGAAGAAAUUGGAAGGAAUAACGGUAAUGCUGAACUAGGAAUAAUCGGUGAUAUCAGUGUGGUUUCCAGACAAUUAAUUGAUGCUCUCCGCGGAUGGCAGUAUGAUGCAUCUUCAGCAUACGUGAAAAAACUGAAAGCAAGUGCCAGCAAAAAUGAAGCUACCGCCGCUAAGUUCGCGAAGGUGGAUAAAAUCCCGAUGACAUAUGGCAGAGUUUUCGAUGUAAUCAAAGAGACCAUCCACAAAUUAUCUCCGCCCAGAGAUGGUGGUGUCGUUUAUGUGUCUGAAGGAGCGAAUACAAUGGAUAUUUCACGCAGUGUAUUUCCCGUUGAACAUCCAAGAUUGCGUCUUGAUGCUGGUACACACGCAACAAUGGGCGUUGGUUUAGGUUAUGCAAUUGCAGCUCAUUGUGCGUAUAAUUCGCAUUUGCCAAAAGCGCAAACUGGACCACACUCUUCUGCCAAGAAGGUUGUUUGUCUAGAAGGGGAUUCUGCUUUCGGAUUUUCACUGGCAGAAGUUGAAACAAUGGCGCGGUAUGGGAUGGAUAUCCUUAUCUUUGUCAUGAAUAAUGGUGGAGUGUAUCAAGGCGAUAGCGAAAGUUCAGACGAGUGGCUGAAGUUGCAAAAGAAUAGUGAAGGAGGUAUAAAGGGAGGCUUACGAAGUACAAGUUUAGGAUGGGAGGUUGGCUAUGAGAAAGUAGCGGAGAUGUGUGGGGGAAAAGGUUAUUUAGUCCGUUCUCCUGAUGAGCUUUCAAAAGCUACAGAAGAGGGGUUUAAAGCUAGUGCUCCGGUCAUUGUAAAUGUUAUUAUAGAGGCGGGAGCACAGAAGACUUUGGUAGUAAUCCCUCAAAUAAUUAUAUAUAAUCUUUUAGCUAACCUGUUGGAAGGAAUUCGCAUGGCAGCAAGAUUCGAAGAAGAGUUCAAAAAACGCAAAGCUGUGAGAGCAUUUGAGGAUAUUUCGCUGAAGUAG